AUGACACUGAGCUCAAAUCCUUUCGGUGCGUUUGAAGGCCUGGAUGAAAUGGAUCUGCAGGAACAGAGAAACCUUUCACUUAUUUCACAUGGGCCAUCAAGAUCUACCUUCAUUUGCAACACCCACAUAAUUCCAGUGAAAAAUCAAGAGGGAGUAGCAAUGAUGUUUAUUAUUAACUUUGAGUACGUAACAGAUGAAGAGAAUGUGGCAUCUCCCGAGAAGUGCAAGCCAAUAUUGCCAUCCAAACUUGUAAAUCAUGGUAACAACCUUUCCAGUGGCUCUUCUUCAGGCAGACUUUUUGGGUUCCGGUUACCUGGAUUGAGACUUUUAACAUACAGAAAGCAGUCCUUACCACAGGAAGACCCUGAUGCAGUGAUAGUCGAUUCAUCUAAGCACAGCGAUGAUUCAGUGGCUAUGAAGCACUUUAAAUCACCUACGAAAGAAAGCUGUAGUCCUUCAGAAGUGGAUGAUACAAAAGCACUGAUUCAACCAAGUAAAUGUUCACCUUUGGUUAAUAUAUCAGGACCUCUUGACCAUUCAUCACCUAAACAGCAAUGGGAUAGACUUUACCCUGACAUGAUACAGACAAGCAAUCCACUAACCCACUCCAGAUCAAAGGAAAGCAUUUGUAGUAUACGAAGAGCAUCUUCAGUACAUGACAUAGAAGGCUUUAACGUCCAUCCCAAGAACAUUUUUAGGGACCGUCACGCAAGCGAAGGUAUGGUAGAAAGUCAACCAGUAUUCUCUGUUGUACUAAGAAAGGAAUUAUUGCAAUUUUUCAUAGUAAUUAUCAUCACUUUGUAUGCAAAACUAAAUAUAAUCAGCUCAAAAGCAGCAGGGCAGGAACUGCAUCUUCCACCCUCUGCCCAAACUCCAGCCAAGCCCUUCCCACCUGAAACACCAGCAAUCCAGAUCUUGCAGGCGGGGCCUUUUAAUCAUAUCAAGUCAAGUCUGUUGGGAUCCACAUCGGAUUCAAAUCUCAACAAAUACAGUACAAUCAACAAAAUUCCUCAACUCACACUGAACUUUUCAGAUAUCAAAAGUGAAAAAAAAUCUUCAUCUCCUCCUUCUUCAGAGAAAGCAAUUAUUGCACCUAAGGUGAAAGACCGAACGCACAACGUAACAGAGAAGGUUACCCAGGUUCUAUCCUUAGGGGCUGAUGUUCUACCAGAAUAUAAACUCCAGACACCUCGCAUCAACAAGUUUACUAUAUUGCACUAUAGUCCUUUCAAAGCCGUCUGGGACUGGCUCAUUUUGUUGUUGGUAAUAUACACCGCCAUAUUCACCCCUUACUCUGCUGCCUUCCUUCUGAAUGAUAGUGAGGAACGGAAGAGGAGAGAGUGUGGAUAUUCUUGCAGCCCACUGAAUGUUGUAGACUUAAUUGUGGAUAUUAUGUUUAUCAUUGACAUUCUAAUAAACUUCAGAACAACAUAUGUAAACCAGAAUGAAGAAGUGGUAAGUGAUCCAGCAAAAAUAGCAAUUCACUACUUCAAAGGCUGGUUCCUAAUUGACAUGGUUGCCGCAAUACCUUUUGACCUGCUGAUUUUUGGCUCUGGCUCUGAAGAGACAACAACAUUAAUAGGUCUUCUGAAGACAGCGAGACUGCUGCGUUUGGUGAGGGUAGCACGGAAAUUGGACAGAUAUUCAGAAUAUGGUGCUGCAGUUCUGAUGCUCCUUAUGUGCAUAUUUGCACUAAUUGCACACUGGCUUGCUUGCAUUUGGUAUGCCAUUGGAAAUGUAGAAAGACCUUACUUGGCUCACAAGAUUGGCUGGUUGGAUUCUUUAGGAGAACAAUUAGGAAAGCAUUACAAUAAGAGUGAUGCAAGCUCUGGACCAUCCAUCAAGGACAAAUAUGUUACAGCACUUUAUUUUACCUUCAGCAGUCUGACAAGUGUAGGAUUUGGAAAUGUGUCUCCAAACACCAACUCAGAGAAAAUCUUUUCCAUCUGUGUCAUGUUGAUUGGCUCAUUAAUGUACGCUAGUAUUUUUGGAAAUGUAUCUGCAAUAAUCCAAAGACUCUACUCGGGAACUGCACGGUAUCACAUGCAGAUGCUGCGAGUAAAGGAGUUUAUACGCUUUCAUCAAAUCCCCAACCCACUGCGGCAGCGACUUGAGGAAUACUUCCAGCAUGCAUGGACAUACACCAAUGGCAUUGACAUGAACAUGAGGGAUGCUAUUUCUGGAGCUAUUCUGAGUUACAGAUUAGAGACUUUGCAGAGCUCUCCAUAA